CCAUUUUGAGUGGCCCAAGAUUUGCUCUGCGUCUCUCUCUCCUGCAAAGAGCGAGUGUCCUAUUCCCCUUCCCGACUGUUCACUCCACACCUCACACUCGCACACACACACGGCGAGGCCGCGCGAGAGACAUGUCUGCGGGCUACGUGUGCUCGCUGUCGCCCGAGAUGGUGGAGAGGGCUCGCGUGGAGCUAGGAGAGAAUCCCGAGACGAGAGCGCAGGAGGUGCAGAAGCUGCGGGAGGCGCUCGGCCGCCUCCCCGACAUCCCGGCCCGGACGGACGACGGCUUCCUGCUGCGGUUCCUGCGAGCCAGGAAGUUUGACCACGAGAAGACCUUGAAGUUGAUAAAGAACUACUACAAGUGCCACCAGACCUGGCCAGACGUCUUCCAGGAUUUCCGUCCGUCCGCCGUGAAAAAAGUUCUGGACAGCGGCUUCAUCCGCGUGGUGCCACAGCGCGAUUCCCAGGGCAGACGCGUCAUCAUCCAGAGUCCCGGAAAGUGGAACCCUUCGACGACUCCCAUCAUUGAUAAUCUCAGAGCGAUGUACAUGACGCUGGAGCUGCUGCUGCAGUCGGAGGAGACGCAGGUGAACGGGAUCGUCCUCCUAGGAGACUACAAGGGCUUGGGCCUUGCCCAGGUGACCAACUUCAGCCCAUAUUUUGUGAAGCGUAUGACCACAGUGAUGCAGGAUGCCUUCCCGAUGCGGAUUAAAGGACAGAACAGCAUUAAUGAACCGGUCAUAUUCAAGGCAGUAUUUGCGAUGAUUAAACCAUUUCUCAAGGAAAAAAUGAGAAAACGGAUGAACUUCCACGGCUACGACUUCCUGUCGCUGCACAAGAAGAUUUCUCCGGAUCUGCUGCCAGCGGAGUACGGGGGCACUGCGCCCGCGAUCUCCACCGACACGUGGACCCAGACGCUGCUCGCCGCCGAGCCCUACUUCCUCGAGACGUUUGGAAAUAUCUCGUUCACCAAGGCCGAGUCACCCGACGAGGUCCUCACGGCCGAGGAGAAGAAGCUGCAGGAGGAUCUGAACCGCGCCCUCGAGGAGGCGGGGCCCGAGGAGGAGUGGACCAAGUUCUAGGCUUAGAUUCAGCAAAGGAAGGCCACUCCAGGUCUGAGGCGUUUACACUCAAAAGUGCUCUUCUCGAAUCGACCACUUGAAUCCUUGCUACUGCAUACAUUUCACGGUUGUUCUUAACAACUCUGAAGUGUCUUUGGGUUGUACCGCACGUUGUUUGGCACGAUGUCCGAUGUUUAGCACCACGUGCUGGGAGCUUGGCCAUACUUCACUACUAUUCAGUUCCUGAAGAAGCUCCCUGCACUUGCAGCGAAACGUUGGACAAAGCACACAAGAUGCAGUACAACCCGAAAACGCAUCGGAGAGUUGUUCAACACAACCACAUGCAAAUACGCAGUAGCAAGGGUAACAGUGGUUGAAUGAAGACGAGAGGGCUUGCCAGUGUACACAACUGGGAGCACGUGGGUAAUUACAGUGCGUCCUCGAAAUACUGGGUUAAUUCAGACGAGGGGUGCCUCGAUAUACAAGUUUUAUUGCAAUAAAAUAAAAAACCCGUGAAUUCCAUUAAUAAGAAAGUCCGAUUUAUAACACGCACAUAAUUUGUGCAGCAAGUCGAUAACACACGUCCGAGCUCCGGGGAAAAGCUUAAGCGUCACUUGAGAGCUCUUCUGUACACGUGUCUUUAGCUGCCUCUCGAUGACUGUGUUAGGCCGCCCGUUGCAUCUCACCGCAGGAAGGAAGCUCAUUCCGCACGUGGGGAGGGACACGGUGAAGCGAUGUUCCACAAGCUCGGUAUUUUGCGCCGGCGACGGCAUCGGCUUCUGUGAGCGAGUGAGGUGCUCUGCUUUGGAUGUUUCAUUGCCAUCCAAAUGAUCCAUAUUUUGUUUAAUUGUCUUCCCACUCGAGGCCUUACCAACAGGGGGCUCUGAGGAGUGGAGGCAUUAUUCUGCUGUGUUCCAUCUUACAGCAUCAGAUCACAUCCCGCUUGUACGGUAUACACCUCAACAGAGUUACAUUUCAGGGCUGACACGAGUAUCCACACGGUUAUAUAGAGGCGGAUUUCACGUCGAUUGACACUAAUUGUCCCCCUCCUACAAAUUCAUCAAGAUGUCAUGAAAUAAAACAUUUUUUUUGUGUACAA